UUAUUCAGCAGUCACACACAUGCUGCUGGAGGUUUUUGUCUGUACUCGUUUCUUGUUCUCUCGCUCACUAGAGAGAAAAAGAAAGGAGGGAACAGAGAAGAGAAGACGAGUGAUAGAGAGAUGGGUCAUCUUCUUCACAUGAACCUUUCUACUCUUCCUUCUCCUUCUUUUAAAUCUUAUUCUAAUUCAUUGUUUCCGUGCAAUAAUCAUCAAAUUCCCGCCAAUUCUUUUCUCUUACCAGCUGCAUACUCGAAAUCCUCGGGCCAUAAAUUUUCUUGUAUCCAAAAGUUUCCCAGAAUUGCAACUACCACCAUCAAAUGCUCUGCCAAGACUGAAAAAAGCUCUGAAACCGUGAAAGAGAAGAGUGCUUCGGUCAUUCUGUUGGCUGGAGGGAAGGGAAAAAGAAUGGGUGCAAACAUGCCAAAGCAGUAUCUACCGCUUUUAGGCCAGCCAAUUGCUUUGUACAGUUUCUACACAUUCUCAAAAAUGGCUGCAGUAAAAGAGAUUGUUGUAGUCUGUGAUCCAUCCUAUCAAGAUAUUUUUGAAGGUGCCAGAGAAAGUAUCAAUGUGGACCUCAAAUUUGCGCUGCCUGGGAAGGAGAGACAAGAUUCUGUAUACAGUGGCCUUCAGGCAAUUGAUUUGAACUCUGAGCUUGUUUGUGUCCAUGACUCAGCAAGGCCAUUGGUGACAUCUGCAGAUGUAGAAAAGGUCCUCAAAGAUGCUUGGAUAAAUGGAGCAGCUGUUCUUGGUGUUCCUGUCAAAGCCACAAUCAAGGAGGCAAAUACUGAUUCUUUUGUAGUGAGAACUCUUGAUCGCAAAACACUCUGGGAAAUGCAAACUCCACAGGUGAUGAAGCCCGAGUUGCUUAGAAAAGGCUUUGAGCUUGUGAAUAGAGGUGGUCUUGAAGUGACUGAUGAUGUGUCUAUUGUGGAGCACCUUAAACAUCCCGUGUUCAUCACCGAAGGAUCUUACACUAACAUCAAGGAUGAUCGGCAGGUCACAACCCCUGAUGAUUUGUUGCUUGCAGAGAGAAUUUUACACCUGAAUUCUUGAGUCUUCGAAGCAGAAGUUUUCUUGGUUUUUUGUAUUCUCAUUGUUGCUCCAUUCUUGUAUGAAAAAUUACCUUUUCUUUUUAUUAUUUUAAUUUCAGAAAAUUUUGCUGCAUUUGAGGUCUGGUAAAAGACUGACAGAAGAUCCUAAAAUAAUAUUUCCAAAUAAAAAGCUUGUAAGCUGCAGCAGCAGCCAUUAUGAUAGCUUUUAUCUUUUUACUUUCUUACUUUUGGAGAAAAUGUGAAUUAGUGAGAACUGCUGAUUUAA